AUGCCGAAUUUCCCAAAUGUUUUAACUACUACAUGGAAUGAUGAUCUUAUGAAUGUGAUCCAUGAUUUGGAUUACAAAGAAAGCAAAUGGGAAUGCGCUGUUGCAGAAUAUCUUCACGAAUUGCAAAGCACAAAUAUGACAACAGACCUGUAUGAUGAGUAUAAAGAAAAGGACCAACGUUUUGCGUGGAUAUUCACCAUUGUCCUUAUUGUGUUUAGUGGUUUCAUGUUCCUGGUCAGAACUAUUGCUGUGGCAGGUUUAUAUGAUAUGGACACAAAAAAUUCUAGGGAUUUGUUCAUUGUUAGAUUUUAUGGAAUCGUAGUUGCUAUAAUAUGUACGAUUUAUUCAGAUUAUAAGCAAAAUGAAAGGGAUUAUGAAACCAAUAGAUAUGAUGCAAACGAUGAUAUCCGACCCACAAGAACUACUACCACACGAACUUCAAAUUUCAGUGAAAAUUAUACAUUUAAUAAUAAUCGACCCUCAAAUCCUCCCUCUGCACCUCCCCAGGAACCAGAAAAUAACAAUACCUCAAAUUUCAAUUCACAACCAACUACUUCAAGGUCACACACUCCUCAACCUCAUCGGAGCCCUCAAAAGAAUUCUGAAGAUGAUCUUCCUCCAUCGUACAGUGAAGCUGUUCAUAAACUUAUGUAA